AUGACAUUCUCAAGUGCGGAGAAACCAACUUCGUCGACUACUGGCUCGAGGUCCCAGGACACACGCGGUCGAGCGAUCCACAGUCGUCAGCAUACGCGGAUGAGCAAGCCCAAGGCGCCAGUAUCAACAUCGGCUAACCCGAAAUCCUUCAAUAACUAUCAGGCAAAUAAAGAGGCGACCGACGUCCCGAAUCCCGUCCCAGAUACGGGACUACGACACACUGGUCAUCAAAAGGUCUUGACUUCAGCGGCUUCCAUACAGACUUCACCUACUUCAACUGGCCUUGGUGUGUUAGAAGCUUCCCGCUCUCUACUGGAGGCUGCAACGAUCACUACCACCGACGACUCGUAUCCUAGUGCACCUCUUGAAAGUCAAUCCCCAUCGCAAACCGACACGAAUCAGGUUUGGAGAGGCGGUUCUGCGAAAAGCUACUCCGCACAGCAGACCACACAAGCUAUUUCCUCGGCUGGCGCUCCCACUCGUCUGUCUACAGUCGCCGUCGUUUUCUUGUCUAUUGCUGCUGGUGCUAUUCUAAUUGGUCUCUUCGUGGUCGUAAGGCUAGCAAAGCGUUCUAGCCGGGGCAACCUCAAACCUUCGCUACCGACCUCGGAAAGUAUCUCUUACUUCGAGAAAGACGAGCCAGAGGGUUCGCCGAUUUUUGGUGGUAAGGAGCGGGCGUCACUUUCUAUUCAUGGCAGUAGCUCGGCCAUUUGGGCGUGGACCCCGUAUCAAUCCGGGAUACCUAAGCCUGCUCCUGCUCUUACGGCCAAAUCCUUAAGGUCCGGUGAAACCCAUUCUUUAGCUCGUGACGAGUCGAGAGCUGAGACGGGAUACCUAUCUUCUGUCGAGGCCGACGUCUUGAACCACGUCCCAGCCAAUGUCGAUCCCUUCUCAGAUAAGCAUCUCUGCUCGCAGCCGGCCCCAAUUGCAGUCACCCGGGCCGUCUCUAGGCUCUCCACGGUCUCAGCUUCUUUGCACCUCUCCGCUUACCGGUGA